AUGGAGGGGGAGAUGGGCUCUAAGAGCCCUGGAGGCAGCUGGAAAGAGCAGGGAGGGCGGCUACAAGAAGACGCUCAACGACAGAAUCAAGUUCCUGCAAAUGGCGAUGACAACGAUGCCAAACACGAAAAUUCUACAUCAGCCAGGGAGCCGGUAGACAAGAAGGAAAACCCCAGACCUUGGAGCGAACUGAAAACCAAGGCAGGUAAAGAGCGCAAAAGACUGCCACUCGCUUGUAUCGCGUGCCGGAGGAAGAAAAUUCGCUGUUCGGGAGAGAAGCCAGCUUGCAAACACUGCUUUCGCUCCAGAGUUCCCUGUGUAUAUAAAGUCACUGCACGAAAAGCCGCACCCCGCACAGAUUACAUGGCUAUGCUGGAUAAACGACUGAAAAGAAUGGAGGAGAGAGUUAUCAAAACCAUUCCCAAAAAUGAUCCGAGAGACAUGGCUGCUAUUGGACGGGCAGUAGUCAAACCAACCGUGCCGGCACAAACACCUCGCGGGUCCAGACCAGCCCACAAAAAGAGAUCAGCAGAUGAGGCGUUCCAUGCAGCACUUAAUGAAUUGACGCAAAGAAAUAAAGUCUCCGCACCCGAUGGCUUCCCCAUCUCCUGGCAAUGGCAAAUUCCUGAUGAGAAUAAACUUUAUAAAGAGGGGGCGGAGUUUCUUCCUUCUACCGAACUCCAAGGACAUCUCGCAGAAGUUUUCUUUGACUGCGUCUACGGCCAGUCCUAUCUCUUGUUGCAUAAACCGAGCUUUAUGCGCAAGCUUAACAGAGGGAAUGUUCCACCUGUUCUGAUGUUGGCGAUCUGUGCGAUUUCUGCUCGUUUUUCAACUCACCCCCUUGUUACUACGGAGCCGGCCUUUUUGCGCGGAGAAAAUUGGGCGACCGCUGCGGCGAAUAUUGCACUUAGUAGACAUGAUGAGCCUAAUAUUACCAUCCUUAUUGUGUUUCUCAUCUUGGGACUCCACGAAUUUGGCACCUGUCAUGGCGGACGGAGUUGGUCUUUUGGAGGCCAAGCGUUGAGAAUGGCUUAUGCCCUGCAGCUUCAUCGCGAACUCGACCAUGAUCCCCAGGGCAAUAGCAAAGCGUCAGAGCUCAGCUUUACUGAUCGUGAAAUCCGACGACGAACAAUGUGGGCGUGUAUCUUGAUGGACCGGUACAACUCGUCUGGCAGCCAAAGGCCACCCAGCGGUAACGACAAGUUCCUGCAGAUACAACUUCCCAUUAAGGAGUCAUAUUUUCAAUUGGAAAUUCCUGGGCCAACAGAGGACCUUGAUGGUUCGGUGCCUAAUCCGGUUCCUGAAGGGGUGGGACAAUUAUCCAACCCGAAGGAGAAUAUGGGAGUUUCUGCGUAUACGAUUCGUGCCCUGAUGCUCUGGGGACGGGCCGUAGAUUACCUUAACCUUGGCGGCAGAAACAAAGACCCUCUCCCCAUCUGGCAUCCAAAAUCUGGUCACGCAGAGUUGAAGAACCAGCUGGAAGAUUUCUCUGCGUCUCUUCCUAAUUCCUUAGCAUUUACUCUGGAGAAUUUGCGUCACCAUUCGGCUGAGAAGACCGCAAACCAAUUCCUCUUUCUACAUAUAGUUAUUAACCAAAAUAUUCUCUUCUUAAAUCGAUUUGCGAUUCCACUAUCCCCUGGUGGGACACCCCCCAAAGAUAUUCCUCGCCCCUUUCUUAGCGAUGCUGGUCGCGCAGCUGUGGAAGCCGCAAGCCAUAUAUCUAUGUUGAUUAAUCAGGCGUCAGGUUAUAAUUUAACAGUUCCAUUUGCUGGCUACUCCGCCUAUGCCGCCAGCACAGUACAUAUCUGGGGCAUAUUUUCGAAAAAUUCAAGACUUGAAGCGACAUCAAAAGAAAAUCUCCACCAUACAUACAGAUAUCUGAACAAGAUGAAACGGUACUGGGGAAUGUUCCAUUAUAUGGUCGAGAGUACCAAAGAUCGAUAUCGCCAAUUCGCGGACGCUGCCAUGAAAGGGGUGUAUUUCAACUCUUCGGACCAAGAUGCUUCAUUAUUCCAGUACGGCGAUUGGUUUGAUAAGUAUCCUCAUGGUGUUUCGCGCCUUCACUAUGAAGAUCCGCCAUUUCGCCCUCAUAGGGAUCCCGGUGGAGAGGCUGUGAUGGCACAAAAGUCUGAUCUUCAAAGCGUCGAAGACUUCUUCGCCAGCCUAUCACCUCCUUUACACUCAGAAAUCCCGCGCAAGGAACCGAGGAGACGGAAAAAGUCAAGUACAGAACCACGACAAUCACGUCAGAGUAUGUUAAACUCUGCAAAUCGAUAUUCACCACUUCAACAACCCCAAUCACAGCUACCGCCGCAACUUGAAUCGCAACCACAACCGCAGUCACAACAAGUGCCACAACAGCCCCAUAUACCUAUAAAUCCCACUCAACUCCAAGACUUCAAUUUCAAUACUCAGACUAUGUUCCCGCAAGCCCAAACCACCAACUUCAAUCCAUCAACCUAUAACUUCUCCAUCAACCCCGACCAACUUCCGCAACUUGAUCGCCAACUAGUUUACGGUGCUUAUGCUAGCCUCGACCUAAGCGCAUCUACACCAACUGCUAUACCAAUAAACCCACCCCCAAGGAUGGACACAGUUCCAAAUGUGUCAACGCAGACGGAAUCAAAUCCUUCUUCCGAGAUAUGGAACUCCCAUUUCAACAUUGUAGGUGACGCCGGUGCUUGGGCAGGUGAAUUUGUACAACCCAGCGCUUGGUUCCUGCCUUUCAACCUGGAACCCAUUGGUCAAAUUGGAGCAGGCAUCAGAGCUUCUCCUUCCACCCAAGCAGAGGUGGCAGUGCCGUCAGAAACGAGGGCGGAGCCUUUGCUUAACCCUGGAACAUAUUCACCGGUGAACACCAUGAUUGGCUCGUAUAACCUCGGCGUCUGA